AAUAGCCUCGUUGGUGUGGUUGAUGCACGCAGUACAGCCUGCCCUGUGCGUUUCGAUUAACGAGAGUGAAGGCUAACGUUACAGGCUGUGUCUUUUAAGAGAACUUUAGUGGGCUCUCUUCACAAAUCACAGUCUAACAUCAAGAUGGUUAUUAAAGUAUUUCUAGCCUCUUCAUCGGGAUCCACAGCGAUCAAGAAGAAGCAACAGGAUGUUCUGGGCUUUCUUGAAGCUCUCAAAAUCGACUACACACAGCUGGACAUCGCCUGCAACGAGGAGAACCGCAGGUGGAUGAGGGAGAACGUCCCUGGAGAAAAGAAGCCAGAGAACGGCAUUCCUCUUCCUCCACAGAUCUUCAACGAGGAGAGCUACUGCGGGGACUAUGAAACAUUUUUUGAUGCUAAGGAAGACAACGAUGUCUACACCUUCCUGGGGAUUCCACCUCCACUUGGCUUUAAGGCAGCUCAGCAGGUGGUAGAACCUGUUUCCCAGAACGGAACCAAUGCUGAGGAACCCCUGGAUGAUGACUCGACAAAAAAGGGGGUGCCAACGGAGGAGCAAAACGGACAUGCUGAGGGGGAGCAGGUGAAGGAGGAGGAGGAGGAGGCAGCUCCCGCGGAGGAGGACGCAGUGCAAGAGGAGGCCGAGGAAGAGGCACCUGCAGACGCUCCGGCAGAAGAGGUUGAGAAGGAGACAACAGAAGCUGCCGCCGAUGAGGAGGAGGAGGAAGUGGAAGAGGAGGCAGCGGAAGACGAGAGUAAAAGAGGUGUAGAGGAGGAACCCCAGGAGGUUGAGGGAGAAGCCGAAGAUGAAAAGGGUGAAGACGAUCAACCCAUGUCCGAGGGAGAAGAGGAUUUGAUGUCCGAGGAAGAAGAAGAGCUCCGGAAGCUUGAGGAUGAAGAAGAGGCCCAGGAGUCCGAGGAAGAAGAGGAGGAGGAGGAAGACUAGAGGUCACGACCUGGAGUGGAUAAGGAUUUCUGAUUUUGUCGUCAAGCUUGGAGUGUCCCGUCCCCACCUAGCCUGUGCCCCAUCCUCGCUGAAACUCCAAGAUCCCCUUCCCCUCCUCCACACACACACACACACACACACACGCACACACACACACACACACACACACACGCACACGCACGCACACACACACACACGCACACAGACACACACACACACACCUCAUUGGACACAAGCCCUGGCUGAAGCCCUGCUGACCAAUGAAGGCCUUCAUACCUCUGGACCCUCGAGAUCUCCCAGUGGACACAGAAACACGAAAACUCAAUUCUUUUGUUGCUGUUGCUGCUGUGUGAUCAUCCCCCUAGAUUGUUCUGCUGCUGAUGAUGGCGGUGGCAGCUGCCAGCUUUUGGGUUUAAUCCAGAAGAAUACAGACAAUAACUCAUACUUAGAAUCUCACAUCAGACUUUCAAAUCUGUUAGAACACUUUCCUUUGUUGUACAUACAAAAAAAAUAGAAUAGAUUUUUCUAAAAAAAAAAGUGUUUCUUACCCUUAUGUUGUCUGAUCAAUAAUGCUGUUACCAUGGUAGCCAUCAUACAUCUGAAUCGGUUGUUGUCUUGGACACAGGCCUUCAUUUUAGCUCACUUGAAUUUACUUUUGUUCUGAUGAGUGAAUGUUUUAUACCGCUGUGAAUGAACGUGAUCAUAGCACUGCCAAACACAGUCCCUACACCACAACCACUAGGUUCUGAGUAUUAAAUAACAUUACAAGUUCUCUGUUGGUACACACUCCCACAAAGGACAUUUGUUUUUAUAUGCUUAGAACCUUAUGAUGAGGGUCAGGAGUUCUGGGGAACUAUCUACAUGGUUCUAGAGUCUUGUGAUACUUUGUGGAUUGGUUCUCUGGUGGUGUCCCUCUUCUAGUACCUUCAAAGGGUUCUAAGUAAUUGUUUGGUCACUGUGGUUUGGUUUUUCUGAGAGUGUAGAGGAACAACCCGUCAGGUUUGUACCCAUGACAAUGACGUGACUUUUAAACUGAAGUAGAGACAGAAUCACUAACAGUUAUGUUAACGUAUAGACACACAUAUGAUUCUGUAGGCUGUAUUGUCUUGUCUUGUCUUGUCUUGUCUUGUCUGUCUGUCUGUUUGUCUAUUGCACUUAUUGAAUGUAGUAGGCAGAGGUGAAUAAACAAGCGGCCUUCUAAACGUCAAUAAAACAUAAGAGUGGUGUACGCAAG